AUGUAUGUUUUAGCUGUGGUAGCAGUUGUGCUAUGUCUUUUAUUCAGAGUUUUAAAUGUAAAUAGUCAACCACAAAAACCAGUGAUAGUGUGCCAAGAUAUUUCUUUUCUAGAAACUAUUUUCAAAUUGUCUCCUAUUUUUAAUGAUCCGUAUACGCCACCCCGACUGUGGGGAUUUAAUGGUCAUGUACAGACAAUUCUUCAUAGUCUUUUGGGUAGACUGCGUUGCCCUUGGCCUGUUGGAAAAAGAACAUUUUUAUCUUUAGAAGAUGGUUCUACAUUAACAUAUGAUGUGUAUGAACCUUUAGGACCUUGUUUUGAUGAUAAUGUAACGAUUGCUGUGUGUCCAGGAAUAGCAAAUACAUCAGAAAGUGUUUACAUUAGAACAUUUGUGCAUUAUGCUCAAUAUCAUGGAUAUAGGUGUGCAGUUUUAAAUCAUUUAGGUGCUCUUUCUUCAGUAAAAUUAACUUCUCCAAGAAUAUUUUCAUAUGAAAGAGAACACCCAGUUAAUUUAAUAUCUGGAGUUUCGGUUUGUCAGGGUUACAAUGCCAUCGAAGCAACAAAAUGGCUUCUUACUUGGAACAAUUUUCGAAGAUUGUAUUUUUUUGUAUUGACGGAGGCUGUUAAAAGUAUUAUUUUGAAACAUAGAUAUAUUUUAUUGAACAAAGACAGCAUGAAAAAAUUUAAUCUAAAUGAAAGAGAAAUUAUUUCGGCUGCUACACUACCUGAACUGGAUGAUGUUUUCACUAGGAAAAUAUAUAAAUUUAAUAGUGUUGAUGAAAUGUACAUUUGGAGUAGCAGUGUUAAUUACUUACAGAAUAUUAAACAUCCUAUUGUAUUUAUUAAUUCCAAAGAUGAUCCUCUUGUACCUGAGGAAUUAUUAGAUCCUGUUAAGAAUUUUUGCAUUUCUAGAGAUAAAACGGCAUUAGUUUUGCUAUCUCACGGUGGACAUCUGGGAUUUUAUGAAGGUGGUUUGAUGUCAAUGAAUCCAGUUUCCUGGUUAGAUAAGGCAUUGAUCGGCCUUGUCAGUGCUUUGGUUCUCUCUCAAUCAACUUCCAAAUGA